CUGUGAGUUUGUGCUGGGGGAUGUUCUUGUGGUGGAAAUAUGGGUCUGAUUUGGAAGGGACGUGGGCGGUGGGAGAGCGGAGUAUAAGGAGGAGUCUGGUUCCCCCAGCUAGUCAAAAGGGAACGAAGCUAACCGAAGACCCGUUUACAGCCCUGUUCUCCAGCCCCAUGAAGAGGAAACAUCAUCUCAUCUCAGACACUUUCAAGGCCAAGAAGCAACGGCUGGCCGUGGGUGCAGAGGCUGUGGAAAAGGAGGGCCCUGAAGCCAUUGAGUCUGCACUCCAACACUUGGCGUCCCUCUUCCCUCGCAAAUUAUUUGAAGAUGCCCUGCCACCCUUGAUCCUGAGGCACCAGAUCUACAGUCUUGUCAAAGACCGCACAACUGUCGACAGAUGUCUGAACCAACUGAAAGAAGAAGGACGGAUACGAAUGUUCCAGCAUGGCUUUGAUGCAGACAAUCUUGUUCUCACCUUCACAGACAGCUAUAAGUCUAAGGUGCUGGAGUUUGUGUCUGGGAAAGAGUUUGCCAAGACAGUGAGGAAGUUCUUGGACUCUGUCCUCACCUCCUGCCCUGAUAUCAGUUUUGACAAGAAACGGAUGCUGAGGGAAUUUGGCUUCAGUGACGCAGAAAUCACGCAGCUGGUCAAUGCAGGAGUCCUAACUGUCCGUGAUGCUGGGAGCUGGUGGCUGGCUGUGCCUGGAGCAGGCCGCUUUGUCAAAUACUUCAUCAAAGGAAGGAAAGCUGUGCUGGGCAUGAUCCAGAAGGCCAAAUACAAGGAAGUUUUGCUGUCAGAUUUGCAGAACCGCCGAGCGCCAUCCUCUGUCAAAUUGGGGCUCCCCUACCAUGUACAUGACAUCAUUGGCGCUCAGCUGGUCGACUGUGUACCAACGACCUCUGGCACCCUUCUCCGACUGGCUGAAGAUUAACCACUCUUAAGAGGAGAGUUGUGCCUAAAACGAACUGUGAACCCACUUGGAGCUGUUGAACUGUGUCUUCUGAUUGCACGACCACCCUCGUCAGCAAGAGCACCAAACCCCUUUUUACGUAUGGACCUAUCUACAUUCAGCACUUAAUAUGGGAGAGACCAGGCAGGGCCUGUCAAUGCUAUGAAGUCUGUGACAUAACGUUGUUACAAAAUCUGGGAGGUUUUUUUUGGACGUAUGUAAAGGGAAUAGGAUACCAUGUGAAGCUUAUCCAUCUAGGAUAAGAUUAUCCUAGGCCAAAUAAGCCCCCUGGGGGCAUCUUGAUUUUUCUUAAGGACUUGCACAGCCUGUUCUGGAGAGAUGGCAAAGACAAUUUUUCCUCUCUAAUUUAUUUCUUGUUCUCGCAGACCCUCUGUUACCUGCACGGCCUUGGAGCUUAAUUAAAAAGCAAUGCCUUUCA